AGUCAGCCGCUCAGUCAACCAACAGCCCAACCACAGCUAAAACAGCUAAGAGCUUUUCAGCACCAAAAAACAGCGGACAGCUCCUCAAUAAGCGAACACUAUGGUUCUGAUCUGGACACAGUUUGGAGUGAAAACCAAAAAUGGCAAGUGCAAGGUCCGCGUUAUGAACAGGAAUGACAGCUCGGGCUCUUCAUCAGGGGAGAACCAGAAGGACCAAGAGGUUCCCGUUCUGUCCAGGCCUAUGGGGAAGGAUUUCUACAAGGUCCUGGGUGUCGAGUCUGACUCCAAUGAAGACGAAAUCAAGAAGGCAUACAGGAAGAUGGCCCUGAAGUUUCACCCCGACAAGAACAGCGCUGCGGACGCCGCGGACAAGUUUAAGGAGAUUGCAGAAGCUUAUGAGAUUCUGACCGACUCCAAGAAAAGGGUCAUCUAUGAUCAGUUUGGAGAAGAAGGUCUCAAGAACGGAGGCGGGGUGUCCAUGGCAGGCAAAGAGAACAACCCCCAUCACUAUAGUUACCACGGCGAUGCCCACGAGACCUUCUCAACAUUCUUCCAGGGCUCCGACCACUUCGACAUCUUCUUCGGGCCCGACGGCGAGGAGGAGCUUUUCAAUCCCUUUAACCGUUUCACCUUCAGCAAAGGUGAUGGUUACCAUGGUAACUACGGCCCCAACGGCGAGAAACUUCGUCUCGGGCGACGGCAGGGCGUGGCGGUGGUGCACGACCUUCUGGUGACCCUAGAAGAGGUGUUCCACGGCUGCUCUAAGCACAUGAAAAUCACGCGGCACCGCCUCAACCCAGACGGCCGCAGCCUUCGCACUGAGGACAAGGUCCUGAACGUGGUGGUGAAAAAGGGAUGGAAGGAGGGUACCAAGAUCACCUUUCCCAGAGAGGGUGACGAGACGGCCAAUAGCAAACCCGCUGACGUGGCCUUCAUCCUCAAGGACAAGAAACACCCCCACUACAGGAGAGACGGGUCCAACAUAGUCUAUACGGCAAAGAUCACCCUCAAAGAAGCUCUAUGUGGAUGCACAGUCAACGUCCCCACCCUCGACAACAGGACGAUGCCACUACCGUGCAGUGACGUCAUCAAGCCCGGCGCCAUUCGACGGCUGAGGGGCGAGGGGCUGCCCCAUGCCAAGACCCCCACCACACGUGGCGACCUGGUGGUGGAGUUCCAGGUGGCCUUCCCUGACAGGAUCCCUCCCCAGUCCAAAGAGAUCAUCAAACACAGCCUCAGUGGGUGCUAACAUGCUAUCGUGCUAACGACCACAACAGCUAGCCGAUACAAUCACAGCCUUGCUAGGUACUAUGACAAUCCAGCACAGCUUCUCUCUGUGCUUGGUUAAGAGACAAUGGCAGGAAUGGAAUCUUUAAAAACAUAUAUACCUUUUUGAUUAUAGGCACUAUUCAUCAUCUACAAUGCCACGGGGGGAAAGGUUUACAGUUUAACAGGCCAAUGGACUCCUGAGUGUCUGGGCACGUUUUCUGACUGACUGACUAGCCUUUCUCUUGAACGAAAAAUGGUAGAGGUACUCUUACUGUGUUGCCAAUAUCAAGAAUGUGGUAUGUCAAUAGAGUCAUUCGACUCAUUAGAGAAGCCUGAGGUAGUUGAUUGUCACAUGGCAAAAUUAUUCUACCAGUUGUAUGGUGUUCAUAUGUCUGCACUUUUACAUUGAUUUAUUACAAUAAAUAAACAAAUAUGUACUUGUGUACAAGACUGUACUAAUGUACAAAUAUAGUUAUAACUGUCUCUAAAAGAGAUUAAUUUGUCAAAUAUUCAACUGAAUCAUUUGAAACAUUUGUAUAUAUUUGUGCUUUAACUUAUACCAGAUGUUAAUGUAUUAUUCUAAAUUGACAAAUGGACAAAGAAAAGCAUGUUAAAUAAAUGAAAAUAACUGAAUUUUUAAAAAAGGUUGUGUUUUAUUGUUUUAUUAAAAUGUUCAACACUGGUCAUGAACUAUGAUUCAGGAUAAGAAUAAGCAUGUCCAUAUAACAAAAGGAAAUGUAAAAUACACUGAACAAAACAAAAAAUACAUUCAGCAUUUUACUGAGUUACAGUUCAUAUAAGGAAAACAGUCAAUUGAAAUAAAUUCAUGAAGCCCUAAUCUAUUGAUUUCACAUGACUGUGAAUACAGAUGUGCAUCUGUUGGUCAUACCUUAAAAAAGGUACAGGCAUGGAUCAGAAAGCCAGUCAGUAUCUGGUGUGACCAACAUUUGCCUCAUGCAGCGCAGCACAUCUCCUUCACAUAGAGUUGAUCAGGCUGUUGAUUGUGGCCUGAGGAAUGUUGUCCUGCUCUUCAAUGGCUGUGUGAAGUUGCUGGAUAUUGGAACACGCUGUCGAACACGUCGAUCCAGAGCAUCCCAAACAUGCAGGCUAUGGAAGAACUGGGACAUUUUCAGCUUCUAGGAAUUCUGUGCAGAUCCUUGCGACAUGGGGCCAUGCAUUAUUAUUAUCAUGAUUCCAAGUGUUAUUUCAAUGUGUUGAUGUCUUCACUAGUAUUCUAAAAUGUUCAAAAUAGUACAAAUAAAGA